AUGCCCCACAGCCCCGCGUCCAGCGAGGACGAGGAACGCCACAGUGCCAGCGAGUGUCCCGAGGGGGGCUCAGAGUCCGACAGCUCCCCAGACGGGCCCGGGAGAGGCCUCCGGGGGACCCGGGGCCGGGGCAGCGGGGCACCUGGUAGUCUGGCCUCAAUCCGAGGCCUCCAGGGCCGCUCAAUGUCUGUCCCCGACGACGCUCACUUCAGCAUGAUGGUCUUUAGGAUUGGGAUCCCGGAUCUGCACCAGACAAAAUGUUUGCGCUUCAACCCCGACGCCACCAUCUGGACGGCCAAGCAGCAGGUACUGUGUGCCUUGAGCGAAAGCCUGCAGGACGUGCUCAACUAUGGCCUCUUCCAGCCUGCCACGUCGGGCCGCGACGCCAACUUCCUGGAAGAGGAGAGGCUGCUGAGGGAGUACCCCCAGUCCUUCGAGAAGGGGGUGCCCUACCUGGAGUUUCGAUACAAGACGCGAGUUUACAAACAGACCAAUCUGGACGAGAAACAGCUGGCCAAGUUGCACACGAAGACGGGGUUGAAGAAGUUCUUGGAGUAUGUUCAGCUUGGGACGUCCGACAAGGUGGCGCGGCUGCUGGACAAGGGGCUGGACCCCAAUUAUCAUGACUCAGAUUCUGGAGAAACCCCCUUGACCCUGGCUGCGCAGACCGAAGGAUCCGUGGAGGUGAUUCGAACCCUGUGCCUGGGCGGCGCCCACAUAGACUUCCGCGCGCGCGAUGGCAUGACGGCCUUGCACAAAGCCGCGUGCGCUCGCCACUGCCUUGCUCUGACGGCACUCCUAGACCUUGGGGGCUCCCCCAACUACAAGGAUCGCCGAGGGCUGACCCCUCUGUUCCACACGGCUAUGGUGGGGGGCGACCCCCGCUGCUGUGAGCUGCUACUCUACAACAGAGCCCAGCUGGGCAUCGCUGAUGAGAACGGCUGGCAGGAGAUCCACCAGGCCUGUCAGCGGGGUCACUCCCAGCACCUGGAACACCUGCUCUUCUAUGGGGCUGAGCCUGGAGCCCAGAACGCCUCAGGGAACACAGCCCUCCACAUCUGCGCCCUCUACAACAAGGAAACCUGUGCCAGGAUCCUCCUGUACCGAGGAGCCAGCAAGGACGUGAAGAACAACAACGGACAGACGCCUUUCCAGGUGGCAGUGAUUGCUGGAAAUUUCGAGCUUGGGGAGCUUAUCAGAAACCACCGAGAGCAAGAUGUGGUACCGUUCCAAGAGUCCCCCAAGUAUGCAGCCCGCCGCCGCGGACCCCCAGGCGCAGGGCUGACUGUGCCCCCAGCACUGCUUCGAGCCAACAGUGACACCAGCAUGGCCCUGCCCGACUGGAUGGUGUUCUCAGCACCCGGGACCUCGUCCUCCGGGGGCCCCGGUCAGACCUCAGGACCUCAGGGCCAGUCGCAGCCCCCAGCCCCCAGCACCAAGCUCAGCAGUGGGACCCUCCGAAGUGCCAGCAGCCCCCGGGGAGCCCGGGCUCGCUCCCCUUCCCGUGGAAGGCAUCCAGAAGAGACCAAGAGGCAGCCCCGUGGACGUCCCAGCUCCAGUGGGACGCCCCGGGAAGGGCCGACCGGGGGCACGGGAGGCUCGGGGGGCCCUGGGGGCUCCCUGGGCAGUCGUGGGAGGCGGAGGAAGCUCUACUCGGCUGUCCCGGGGCGCUCUUUCAUGGCGGUGAAGUCGUACCAGGCGCAAGGCGAGGGGGAGAUCUCCUUGAGCAAGGGCGAGAAGAUCAAAGUGCUUAGCAUUGGGGAAGGAGGCUUCUGGGAAGGCCAAGUCAAAGGACGUAUUGGCUGGUUUCCCUCGGACUGCCUGGAGGAGGUGGCCAACCGCUCCCAGGAGGGAAAGCAAGAAAGCCGCAGUGACAAGGCGAAGAGGCUGUUCCGACACUAUACUGUGGGCUCCUACGACAGCUUCGACGCCCCAAGCUUGAUGGAUGGGAUUGGCGCAGGGAGCGAUUACAUCAUUAAGGAGAAGACUGUCUUGCUGCAGAAGAAGGACAGCGAGGGGUUUGGGUUCGUGCUCCGGGGUGCCAAGGCGCAGACCCCCAUUGAGGAGUUCACGCCCACCCCGGCCUUCCCGGCGCUGCAGUACCUGGAGUCAGUGGAUGAGGGCGGCGUGGCCUGGAGAGCCGGCCUGAGGAUGGGAGACUUCCUCAUCGAGGUGAACGGGCAGAACGUGGUGAAGGUCGGCCACCGACAGGUGGUGAACAUGAUCCGCCAAGGAGGCAACACUCUGAUGGUCAAGGUGGUGAUGGUCACAAGGCACCCAGACAUGGAUGAGGCUGUCCACAAGAAAGCACCCCAGCAGGCGAAGCGGCUCCCGCCCCCGGCCAUCUCUCUGCGUUCCAAGUCCAUGACAUCGGAACUGGAGGAGAUGGUCUCCCCCUGGAAGAAGAAGAGUGAGUACGAGCAUCAACCUGCGCCGCUGCCUAGCAUGGAGAAAAAACGGACCGUGUAUCAGAUGGCUCUCAACAAACUGGACGAAAUCUUGGCAGCAGCUCAACAGACCAUCAGUGCAAGCGAGAGUCCUGGGCCUGGUGGCCUGGCGUCCCUGGGCAAACAUCGUCCCAAGGGCUUCUUUGCCACUGAGUCCAACUUUGAUCCCCACCAUCGCUCCCAGCCAAGUUACGAACGCCCUUCCUACCUGCCCCCAGGACCUGGUCUCAUGCUCCGCCAAAAAUCCAUCGGAGCUGCAGAAGAUGAAAGACCGUAUCUAGCGCCCCCAGCCAUGAAGUUCAGCCGUAGCCUGUCGGUGCCCGGGUCGGAGGACAUUCCCCCGCCGCCCACCACGUCGCCCCCCGAGCCCCCCUACAGUACACCUCCCGCCCCCUCCUCCUCCGGCCGCCUCACCCCCUCCCUUCGCGGGGGGCCCUUCAACCCCGGAGGCCCCCACCCCGCCUCCUCCCCCUCGUCCUUCGAUGGGCCCUCCCUGCCUCCGCGCGCGGCCAGCGCCGCCAUGUACGUGCCCGCGCGCUCGGGGCGCGGCCGCAAGGGCCCCCUGGUCAAGCAGACCAAGGUGGAGGGCGAGCCCCAGAAAGGCGCCGGCGGCCUUCCGCCCGCCCCGUCGCCCACGUCGCCCGCCUCGCCGCAGCCGCCGCCUGCCCCGGCCGCCGCCUCCUCCGAGAAGAACUCCAUCCCCAUCCCCACCAUCAUCAUCAAGGCGCCGUCCACCAGUAGCAGCGGCCGCAGCAGCCAGGGCAGCAGCACCGAAGCGGAGCCCCCCAGCCAGGCCGAGGGCGCGGGGGGCGGCGGGUCGGCGGCGCCCAGCCCGGCCCCCACCAUGUCGCCCGUGCCGCCCUCGCCGUCGCCUGUGCCCACCCCCGCCUCGCCCAGCGGCCCCGCCACCCUCGACUUCACCAGCCAGUUCGGAGCCGCCCUGGUGGGCGCCGCGCGGAGGGAAGGGGGCUGGCAGAACGAGGCACGCCGGAGGUCCACCCUGUUCCUCUCCACCGAUGCGGGGGACGAGGAUGGCGAGGGCGGGCUGGGCGCGGGGGUGCCCCCGGGCCCACGGCUGCGCCACUCCAAGUCCAUCGACGAAGGCAUGUUCUCCGCCGAGCCCUACCUGCGACUCGAGUCUGGGGGCUCCGGAGGUGGCAGCGGCUACGGGGGCUACGGAGCGGGCAGCCGCGCCUACGGGGGCAGCGGGGGCGGCAGCGCCUUCACCAGCUUCCUGCCCCCCAGGCCGCUCGUCCACCCGCUGACCGGCAAGGCCCUGGACCCCGCGUCCCCCCUGGGCCUGGCCCUGGCCGCCCGGGAGCGCGCCCUCAAGGAGUCCUCGGAGGGGGGCGGGGUCCCCCAGCCCCCUCCCAGGCCCCCGUCGCCCCGCUACGACGCCCCUCCGCCCACCCCGCACCACCAUUCACCACACGCCCACCACGAGCCGGUGCUGCGCCUCUGGGGGGCGUCUCCCCCAGACCCCACCCGCCGGGAGCUGGGGUACCGGACCGGGCUGGGCAGUCAGGAGAAGGCGUUCCCGGCCAGCCCACCGGCCGCGCGCCGCUCGCUGCUGCACCGCCUGCCCCCCACCGCCCCUGGCGUCGGGCCCCUCCUGCUGCAGCUGGGGCCCGAACCGCCGACCCCCCAUCCGGGCGUCAGCAAGGCCUGGCGGUCCAGCGCCCCAGAGGAACCCGAGCGGCUCCCUCUGCACGUCCGGUUCCUUGAAAACUGCCAGCCGCGGGCCAGCGGAGUGGGCGCCCGAGGGGGGCCCCCCGCGGAGGACGGCCCGGGGGUCCCGCCGCCCAGCCCGCGCCGCUCCGUGCCGCCCUCGCCCACCUCCCCGCGGGGCGGCGAGGAGAACGGCCUCCCGCUGCUGGUGCUGCCGCCUCCGGCGCCCUCGGUGGACGUGGAGGACGGCGACUUCCUCUUCGUGGAGCCGCUGCCCCCACCGCUCGAGUUCUCCAACAGCUUCGAGAAGCCCGAGUCGCCCCUCACCCCCGGGCCCCCUCGGAAGCUGCUGCCCUGGGAAGAGGGGCCGGGGCCGCCGCCGCCACCCCUGCCCGGGCCCCUGGCCGCGCCCCAAGCCUCCGCCUUGGCGACCGUCAAAGCCAGCAUCAUCAGCGAACUCAGCUCCAAGCUCCAGCAGUUUGGGGGCGGCUCCGCGGCGGCCGGCGGGGCCCUGCCCUGGGCGCGGGGAGGCAGCGCGGGCAGCACGGACAGCCACCGCGGGGGAGCCGGCUAUGUGCCUGAGAGGACCUCGUCUCUGCAGCGCCAGAGACUUUCUGACGACUCCCAGUCCUCACUCCUCUCCAAACCGGUCAGCAGCCUGUUUCAGAACUGGUCCAAGCCUCCGCUGCCGCCGCUUCCCACCGGAACAGGGGUCCCCCCAUCGGCCGCUGCAGCCCAGGGGGCCACUUCGCCCUCGGCUUCCUCCUCAGCGUCCACCCGUCACCUCCAGGGCGUGGAGUUUGAGAUGCGGCCCCCCCUGCUCCGCCGGGCCCCCAGCCCCUCACUGCUGCCCGCCUCGGAGCACAAGGUCAGCCCUGCUCCGCGGCCCUCAUCCCUGCCCAUUCUGCCCUCCGGACCCCUCUACCCGGGCCUUUUUGACAUCCGCGGCUCCCCUACCGGAGGGGCCGGGGGUUCCGCAGACCCCUUCGCCCCCGUCUUCGUGCCGCCCCAUCCGGGGAUAUCUGGGGGUCUCGGAGGGGCCUUGUCGGGGGCCUCCCGCUCCCUCUCACCGACCCGUCUGCUCUCGCUGCCCCCGGACAAGCCGUUUGGAGCUAAGCCCCUGGGCUUCUGGACCAAGUUCGACGUGGCUGACUGGCUGGAAUGGCUGGGCCUGGCUGAGCACCGAGCCCAGUUCCUGGACCAUGAGAUCGACGGCUCGCACCUGCCCGCCUUGACCAAGGAGGACUACGUGGACUUGGGCGUCACCAGGGUGGGCCACCGAAUGAACAUUGACCGGGCGCUUAAGUUCUUCCUGGAGAGGUGA